AUGGGCAGUCUCAACUCUUCAUCUCAGGGCCUCUCCUUUACAGAGCUCCCGACCUCUCUUCGCCAGUCUUCUCUCAUCGGCGCCGAAGUCCACCUCCCAUCACCAAUGAACGUCCUGGACAAAGACGCCUUGUCGGAGGAAGACGUUGCCACCUUCAGGAAAGCGCUGUUCGAGAACCAAGUUGUCGUCAUCAGGAACCAGAAGGGAAUCGCGCCGGAGACUCUGCCCAAGUUGACCAAGAUAUUCGAUCCGACUGCAACUGAUAUCCACUCCGCUGGCGAGAAGGCCGUCAGUGACCCGAGGAAUAUCCUCUCGGCAUACAAGGCGGGGAGAAUUCCCAGAGCGCCGCAGGUCGGCAUUAUUGGGAGUGGCAAGUUCCAGAACUACGAAGGGGUUGAAGAGUUGGAGGUUAUUCACCUGGACCAUACUUUGUUCCACGAGAAGCCUCUGUCAGAGCAGGAGCUGAACGAUGGAUACACCCGUCCGUACCGAUGGCACAUGGACACUCCCUUCUAUCAGCGUUUGCCCGGAGAAGUCACGGUCCUCCAUGCAGUCAAGGUGCCGAACUUGCCUGAUCAGAAACUCAAGUUCCCAGAUGGCAAAUAA